AACGCUGAGAAGAGGAGGAGGAAGGCAAAGAAGAAGAAGGCAGCAUCAGUCAGCCGAGGGAAGAGACCCGCCUGACAAAGGCUCGCCCACAUCCCUGCCCACUAGUGCCAAAAGCGGGCAUCUCUGACCCACCCAAGGAUUUAUUUCAUCUUUGGUCCCCCUUUUUUCGUCCAAGAGAAGAAGGAGGGACACAAUAUGUUGCCGAGCUGGAGAUGAGCCCCAGAGCAUCCCUCUGAUCUCUCCCAGGAACAGGUGGUCCGAGGGGGGUCUCCAUCCUUGGAUGCCUGCUCAAAAUAGAACGGAUAAUCCGCUUUGUCUGGGAGUCAAGGGAAGAAAGAGGAAGCAAACUGCAAAGCGGCAGCCUGUGGACGCUGGGACCUCCUGCUUCUGAAGUUCCUAACCAGAGCCACCUCUGGGCCAAACUCUCCGGAGACUUCAGGAUUUGCAAGUCAAGGGAGUCUCCUUUCUGCCUGAGAUUCAACACUGUCGGGACAGGGCGGAGCUCGAAAUGACAGGUGUUUGCGGCUGCUGCGGAGCACUGCGUCCCCGUUACAAGAGGCUGGUGGACAACAUUUUUCCUGAAGAUCCAGAGGACGGUUUGGUGAAGACCAACAUGGAAAAGCUGACCUUCUAUGCCCUCUCGGCUCCGGAGAAACUGGACCGCAUCGGCGCUUACUUGUCAGAGAAGUUGAUCCGAGAUGUCAGCCGGCACCGAUAUGGCUAUGUCUGCAUCGCUAUGGAAGCCUUGGACCAGCUGCUGAUGGCUUGCCAUUGCCAGAGCAUCAACCUCUUUGUGGAGAGCUUCUUGAAAAUGGUGGCCAAGCUCCUGGAGUCGGAGAAGCCCGACCUGCAAAUCCUCGGCACCAACUCGUUUGUGAAGUUUGCCAACAUCGAGGAGGACACCCCUUCGUACCACCGCAGCUACGAUUUCUUCGUCUCCCGCUUCAGCGAAAUGUGCCACUCGAGCUACGAAGACCUGGACAUCCGCACAAAGAUUCGGAUGUCGGGCAUUAAAGGGCUGCAAGGGGUGGUCCGCAAGACGGUGAACGACGAGCUGCAGGCCAACAUCUGGGACCCACAACACAUGGACAAGAUCGUCCCUUCCCUGCUGUUCAACCUGCAACAUAUAGAGGAAACCGAGAGCCGUUCUCCGUCUCCAUUGCAAACCACUGAGAAGGAGAAGGAGGUUCCGGCGGAGCUGGCGGAGCGGUGUUUGAGGGAACUCCUCGGACGGGCCGCUUACGGGAACAUCAAGAACGCCAUCAAGCCGGUCCUCAUCCACCUGGACAACCACACACUUUGGGAGCCAAAGAUCUUUGCCAUCCGUUGCUUCAAGAUCAUCAUGUACUCAAUUCAGCCCCAGCACUCCCACCUGGUGAUCCAGCAGUUGCUGAGCCACUUAGAUGCCAACAGCAAAAGCGCCGCAACUGUUCGGGCCGGGAUUGUGGAAGUCCUGUCCGAAGCGGCCAUCAUCGCAGCUUCUGGAUCAGUCGGUCCGACAGUCCUUGAGGUCUUCAACACUCUUCUGCGCCAGUUGCGCCUGAGCAUCGACUAUGCCUUGACGGGAAGCUACGACUGCGUCAUGGUCACGGGAGCCCCCAAAAUCAUCAAGGAGCACGAGGAGCGCAUGUUCCAGGAGGCCGUCAUCAAGACCACCGGUUCCUUUGCCAGCACCUUGCCUACCUAUCAGCGCUCGGAGGUCAUGCUCUUUAUCAUGAGCAAGGUCCCUCUCCCGUCGCUGCAUCACCCGCUAGACCUGGGGGGCAAAGCUGGAGAGGACAGGAAUCGGUUGACGCAGGUCAUGCUCCUGAAAUCGCUUCUCCAGGUUUCCACCGGCUUCCAGUGUUCCAACAUGCUGACUGCCCUUCCCAGCUCUUUCUUGGACCGGCUCCUUUCGGCAGCCUUGAUGGAGGACCCCGAAAUCCGCCUCUUCGUCCUCCAGAUCCUCAUCAGCUUCAUUGACCGGCAUGGGAACAGGCCCAAGUUCCAGACCAUCAGCACCAUCAGCGAUAUCUCCAUCCUGAAGAUCAAAGUGGACAAAUGCUCUCGUCAGGACACCGUCUUCAUGAAAAAGCACUCCCAGCAUCUCUACCGACACAUCUAUUUGACCUGCAAAGAGGAGAACAACAGCCGGGCGCACUUUGAGGCCAUCUAUGCCCUGCUGGCUCUCAUCAGCAUCGAACUGGCCAACGAAGAGGUGGUGGUGGACCUGAUCCGGCUGGUCUUGGCCAUGCAGGAAUUGGCGCAGGUGAACGAAGACAACUUGCCCCUUUACAGCCGCUGCGCACUCUAUGCCCUGGGGGCUGCCUACCUGAACCUGAUCAGCCAGCUGACCACCGUGCCUGCCUUCGUCCAGCACAUCCACGAGGUUAUUGAGAUGAGGCAGAAGGAGGCUCCGUUCAUGCUCCCCGAAGGUGUGUUUACAGAGAAGCCCAGACUGUCUAAGAACUUGGACCGCCUCGGAGCCGAAAUCCUCUUCCGGCAGAGCAAGAUCAGCGAAGUCCUCGGAGGCAGUGGCUACAAUUCGGACCGGCUGAGCACCCCUUACGUCCCGCAGCUGACAGACGAAGACCGGCUUUCGAAGCGGAAGAGCAUCGGAGAGACCAUUUCCCUCCAGGUGGAAGUGGAGUCGAGAAAUAGCCCCGAAAGAGAAGAGAGAGCACCUGCCGAAGAAAUCACUUAUGAAACACUGAAGAAAGCCAUUGUAGACAGUGUUGCGGUGGAGGAACAGGAGCGGGAGAGGAGGCGUCAAGUGGUCGAGAAGUUCCAGAAAGCCCCCUUCGAAGAGAUUGCGGCUCAUUGUGGUGCCCGGGCCACUCUACUCCAAAGCAAGCUCAACCAGAUAUUUGAGAUCACUAUAAGGCCCCCUCCGAGCCCCUCGGGGACCGUCACGGCCGCCUAUGGCCAGCCCCAGAGCCACUCCAUCCCGGUCUACGAGAUGAAGUUCCCCGACCUCUGCGUCUACUGAGGAGGAGCCGCUCUGCAUGCCGCCGGACCCCCCUGGGACCCCGGGACUGCCCAGAGGGGCCUUGGGGUGGCUUGGCCAGAGAAGGGCCACCCUCGGACCCUUGACCCCGGCAGAAGGGCCCCCUCGCAACCCGCCCUCCUUGGUCCUUGCUGUUCUUCAUGCGGGAGCCAGGAUCCGGGAUUGGGCUUUGGCCAAAGGGUCGAGAAGAGGAGGAAGCCGGGAGGCCAUUUGGGGACCCUUCGCCCUGCUUUGCCGAAGAAGAUUUAAACGUUUUUUGCAGGGCUGGGUGUUUCCGUCUGCUCGUCUGUCCGUCUGUCUUUCUCUUUUUGCCGUGGAAGCCUAUGUGGAAAAUACAUAAAGUGAAUUUAUUCUCUGUG